CCUCAACAUGGCACCUAUUGCACUUCCCAUAUCGUCCGACAUCAAGGAUGUAGUCGUCCAAAAGAAAGAUACUCUGGGAUUACCGGAGCAAACCAUCAAGCGCUUCGAAAAGGCUGGCAUCGACCUCUCUGAUGGCUACCCUUAUCGUCCAGCAAAGCCGCUCUAUUUAGACGAUGCUUUCAAUGUCCGAAACUAUGAUCGUCCUUUCGUAGACCCAGGAAGCCGAGCAGAUCCUGAAAAGAAAGCUUUACUAUCAGCGGCGAAAGAAGUCAUUCAUUUGACUACACACAUUGGAACGGAGAUCGUUGGCUUACAGCUCAAAGAUCUGACUGACCAGCAAAAGGAUGAGCUUGGUCUCCUCAUUGCUGAGCGAAGCGUUGUUUUCUUCCGUGACCAGGACAUUUCGCCCCAAGAACAGCGAAAGCUCGGUGAAUGGUAUGGGGAGAUUGAGGUCCAUCCAACAGCACCUUGUGUCCCUGGUUUGCCAGGAGUAAGCGUUAUUUGGCCGGAUCUUCAGGCCACAGAAAGAGCAGCGAGUUUCCGACAGACAGGAGGUGCUUCGAGAUGGCACACAGAUCUUGUCCACGAGCGACAGCCAGCGGGUGUUACUCAUCUUCACAACGAUGCGAUCCCAAAACUAGGCGGAGAUACUCUUUGGGCCUCUGGCUAUGCGGCAUACGAAAAGUUGUCACCAGAGUUUCGCAAGAUCAUCGACGGACGAGAGGCGAUUUAUCGCAGUGCACACUCUUACCUUGAUCGGAACGACCCAACGCUGGGUCCAAAACUCAUUGAACGAACCCAUCCCAUCGUCAGAGUUCACCCUGCGACUGGCUGGAAAGCCUUGUGGGUCAACCGAGCAUUUACGACCCGCAUUGUUGGAUUAGAUCAAGCUGAGAGCGACUUGAUUUUGGGUUAUCUCUUCGAUGUUUAUGAGAAGAAUGUCGAUAUCCAAGUCCGUUUCAAAUGGACACCGAGGACCUCUGCACUUUGGGAUAACAGGAUCACGAUCCAUAACGCCGCAUGGGAUUAUGAAGGUAAAGAACCUCGCCAUGGAACGAGGGUGACGGCACUAGCGGAGAAGCCAUACUUUGACGCCAAAGCUCCAACAAGAAGGCAGGCUCUUGGUCUUGCAGGGCCGGAGGAUAUUUGA